UUUAAAUGCAAAGAGUGAUGGCUGCUACGUACACACAAUGUAAAGAUAACUAAUGUGCUGUUUGCGUAGAAGGUGAAACAUCUGAUCGGUGUUGGUUUGAGAUAGUGAAAAUGGCCUUUGCUAACAGGGUUGGCUAUUUACGCUCAGUGUAAACAGAUACUGACUGAAUGCAAUGAGUUAAUAUGCCUAAACAAAUAUAUCUGUAAUGUGCUUGUUCGCUUGACAUUUUAUGAUAUGCUGUUAAGACAAACACAAAGUCAAGAUAAAAGAGUACACAUGCAUAGUUUUACUCAUUUUUUUAAGAUGGCUAUAAUAAAGCAUGCUGUGUUCAGUUUUUUUUAUCAUUGCUGUGGUGUUUGUCAUCCUUUAGUCUUUCAUUUAAAUCUCAGGGUGUUCCUGUUGAUCAAACAGGAUGGCGUUGGCCAAGGUCAUGGGUUUGAUUUCUGGGGACUGCGUGAACUGACUAAAAAUAAUAAUAGGAACGCCAUCUUGGAUAAAGCAAAUGUAAAAGCUGGACUCCAUUUGGACACUUUUCACUUUUCCGGAGUUCUCUGGAGCUCUCAUAGUUGGGUAAACUUUACAUGGAAACUAUAUAUUCUGCAUUUCCUUUUGCCCUAAUGUGAAAAGAAAACAAAAAUGCAUGUAUAAGUAUAAAAAUACAGACAUUCAUGUCAAAUUUGCAAUGGGAAACACCAUUAUAAACAUCACGCAGCAACACUGACUAGUUUUUUGUAGGGAAAGGUAAGUAUACACAAAUUAUGAGUGUUACAAAAAUGUACAUUACAUUUUUAAAAAAUGUAAUAAAAAUACUUUUAAUAACUAUGGAAACGUGUCAUAACAGUCUGUGAAAAGGGCCUAACAUGGACUAAAAUGCUAAAAACGUGUCCCAUAAAUAGAGACCUAAAAAUUAAUAUUACCCCAUAUUUUACUCACCCCAAAGCCAUCCUAGGUGUAUCUUACUUUCUUCUUUUAGAUGAACACAGUCUGAGUUUUUUUAAAAACGUACCCUGGCUCUUCCAAGCUUGGUUAAUGCUGGUAGAUAGCGGACAUUAUUUUGAAGACUUCCAUUUUUUUUCUGUUAGAGCGCCAAGUCCUGGUGAAUUAUUCCUAUCUUAAUCUUGCAUCAGAAUAUAAUCUUAUCUUCACAAUAAUACAGAUAUUGAGGUGCAGUUUGUUCUUAUAGGUCAGCAAAAAAUUUCAAACCACAGUUCAGUGUGCAUAAAAAAGAAAAAAACUACGGCAGAAGAAAAUAUCAGCAGCUACAUUAAAAGAGUGCAUCUAUCUAUCUAUGUAUCUAUCUAUCUAUCUAUCUAUCUAUCUAUCUAUCUAUCUAUCUAUCUAUCUAUCCAAGAUUUAACACAAAAACUGAUUGUACUUUCUGUUGCCUCUCAGGACUUCAUCAUCAAUAACAUCUUUCAAAUGAAACCUCGCUAAAAGAUUCACUUCUGCAUAUUUAAAUGUGCAUGGUUUUGUACUGCAUUAUCAGCACUAUUAGGAAGCAAUAAUAUGAGCCCUUGUUUAAAAUGCAUUGCUCUGAACCCAUUGAGCUUCUAUCAUGACUGUAACUGAUUGUGCCAUAGAUCUUUGCAAUAAACAUGUUAAUGAGUUGCUGUAUGCCUUUAAUCUUCUAUCAGUCUUUUGUAAUAUGAUUUCACCCAAUCUAUAGCAUAACCUUUGUUGAAGUCGAAAAACUGCUGAAUGAAGUAAAAUCCUGAGAAUGGCUAUUACUAAGGACAAAGUGCAAUUGGCUUCCCCUUUGCCUAAAGCAGCAUGUGGAUGAUGUAACUUUGUGGUUUAGCCAAUGGCCAGCAUCCUGCUUAUCAAACUACAGUAGAUAAAAUAAAUAAGUGUCACAGGAAGGGAAAGCCAGGCAGGGCUGCAGGCUGUGUGCUCAGUUACAGCCAAAAUGAAGAAAAAAUCUACCAACCUGCGUGUGCGGCUCCCUGUGCUAAUUUUUGCAUUGGAGGUCAUGAUUGUGGUUCUCUAUGCAAUGUUUGUGACUUACGAAGAUGAUGCUAAUGCACUUUUACAGAACAACAAGACAAGGCCGAUGGAGAACAACCUGUAUCAGAACUAUCCGUUUUUUGCUGACAUCCAGGUGAUGAUAUUUCUCGGAUUCGGCUGCCUUCUGGCCUUUUUCCGGCGCUAUGGUUUUGGUGGAAUGGUGUUUAAUUUCCUAGUGGCCACAUUCACCAUUCAGUGGGCCAUUCUGGUGCAGGGCUUCUUUCAGUUUUACUACGAUGGGAAGAUUCAUCUCGGUGUGCUGAAUCUGAUCAAUGCUGAGUUUGCCUGUGCCGUCGUGCUCAUCUCUUUUGGAGCAGUGUUGGGAAAGACGAGCCCUGUGCAACUCCUGAUCAUGGCUUUGCUGGAGAUCCCUGUGUUUGGUGUCACAGAAUGGGCUGUACUGAAGUACCUGAAGAUCAACGAUGCCGGUGGCUCGAUCCUCAUCCACAUUUUUGCCUGCUACUUCGGCCUGGGUGUCACCUUUGUCCUGUACAGACCCAGCCUAAACGAUGGACACCCAAAAGAGACGACAAGCUACCAAUCGGAUCUGCUCUCUGUAAUAGGAACGCUCUUCCUCUGGGUGUUCUGGCCCUCUUUCAACUCGGCGCUGACCUUCAAAGGUGACGACCAGCACCGAGCCGUUCUCCACACGUUCAUAGGUCUCAGCGCCUCCACCAUCACCGCCUUCGCCCUGUCCAGCAUGCUCAGCAAAAACGGCAAGAUCAGCAUGGCCGAUGUGCAGAACGUAACGCUGGCCGGCGGCGUGACGGUCGGCGCUUCGGUGGACAUGAUGAUUUCGCCCGCCGCGGCUUAUGUGCUGGGCAUCCUGGGAUGCAUUGCGUGCAUGCUGGGGUAUAAAUACUUGAGCCCGUUCUUGGCUCGCCGGCUGCGGUUGCAGGAUCAGUGCGGCAUACACAACCUUCACGGCCUGACGGGACUCAUUUCCAGCUUGGCAGGAAUCUGCGCCAUCCUGCUGGCGACCGAGGAAACGUACGGCCCCAGUCUCUACCAGAUCUUCUCCCAUCGGGCCCCUCCGGAGGGAGACCCUCUGCUGGCGGAGUUGCAGCAAUCGAUCCCGGAUCUGGAAGCGGGUUUGGGUCGGACGGCACAGGAGCAGGCGCUCUUUCAGGUGGCUGCCGUGUGCGGGACUAUUGUGGCGGCGGCUGUGGGAGGUUUGCUGACCGGUGCGGUGCUCAAGCUACCGUAUCUGGCUUCCCCCUGCGAUGAGAAAUGCUUUGAUGAUGAGCUCUUCUUUAAUGUUCCUCCAGAUUACAACUGCGCCAACGGUCCACAGGACACGUGGUCCUACGUUCUCAGAGAAACAAAUAAAACGGCUGAAUGAAUCAAGAAGACUGAGCAUGAGUAAGAGGAAUAAACGUCAGACUGUUGUGUAUUUCAGAACUGAGUACUGUGUAACUUGCUAAAUGUGAUUGUACUUACCCAAAAAAUUGUUUAAUAUUUGAUGGGAUGAGGUUUGUGUACUGUGUAUCAAAAUAUAUAAAGUGUAUGUUUGAUUUUCAUAAAAUAUAUUAUAUUUGAAGAA